GCUGCCAGACUGCUGUAAAUAUUAAGAGGAGCUUCUGAUUUGUUUAUGAUUAGAAAAAUAUCCAAUUUCUGAGAAAAAAGGAUAAGACAGUGCCAAAAACCAACUAACCACAUUCCAGAAACACCUUCAUCGCCCAAAAGCACACAGUCCGCCGUUGACAGACGGCGUCAUUGUGCCUGGAGAGCUGCGGAGUACGUGGCAAUGAAACCGCUGACCGAAGCCGGUGCUGCAUCCAAUUGAUUGAGCCACCUGAUACGAUUCGUCCAAGAUGUCGGCCACCUUGAGGUAUCGUGGUGAUAAGAGCCAGCUCCUGGAGUUCGCCAAGAACCUGGAUGCCUUCAAAAAGGUCCCGGAAAAGUAUACAGAGACCACAGAAAUCGGAGGAACACUCUCCCUGCUGAGCCGAUUGUUGAUCGUUUAUCUGGUGUACACGGAACUGCACUAUUACUGGCACGAAACGGACAUUGUUUAUCAGUUCGAGCCGGACAUGUCGCUGGAUGAUCAGGUGCAAAUGCAUGUGGACAUCACGGUGGCCAUGCCCUGUGCCUCGCUCUCCGGCGUGGAUCUAAUGGACGAGACGCAACAGGAUGUGUUCGCCUACGGGACCCUGCAACGCGAGGGCGUCUGGUGGGAGAUGAACGACCACGAUCGGCUGCAGUUCCAGGCCAUCCAGAUCCAGAAUCAGUACCUUCGCGAAGAAUUCCACUCGCUGGCCGAUGUUCUGUUCAAGGACAUUAUGCGGGACACCCAUACGCCGCGCGAGAGUCCAGCUUCAUUCCCAGCAGCUCCACCGCCACCAGGCGCUCUUCCCGUGGCCCUGGACUUCCAUAUGUCUCAACAAGCGGCUGCUGCUGCUGCGAAUCCCGAGGCCAAGUUCGAUGCCUGCCGGUUGCACGGCACUCUGGGUAUCAACAAGGUGGCCGGUGUCCUGCACCUGGUCGGUGGAGCUCAGCCGGUGGUGGGACUGUUUGAGGAUCAUUGGAUGAUCGAACUGCGUCGCAUGCCGGCCAACUUUACGCAUCGCAUCAACAGGCUCAGCUUUGGGCAGUACUCCCGGAGGAUUGUACAGCCGCUGGAGGGCGAUGAGACGAUCAUCAACGAGGAGGCCACCACGGUGCAGUACUUCCUGAAGGUGGUGCCCACAGAGAUACGUCAGACGUUUAGCACAAUUAAUACGUUCCAGUACUCCGUCACCGAGAACGUCAGGAAACUAGAUUCCGAGAGGAACUCCUAUGGCUCGCCGGGCAUUUAUUUCAAGUACGACUGGUCGGCUCUGAAGAUUGUCGUGGACAAUGAUCGCGAUCACCUGGCUACCUUCAUCAUCCGUCUGUGCUCCAUCAUUUCGGGUAUCAUUGUGAUAUCGGGAGCCAUCAACUCCCUACUGAUUGCCAUCCAGCGGCGUCUUUUGCGUACGUUUGCUCCGCAGCUGUACCAGCGACUGGCCAACUCCCAGGCACCACACACUUCCGCCCCUCCGGCUAUCCCUACUGCCCCGGCAGCGUCAGCGCCACCGGUUAACGAACUCCUCCAGACUGCCAACCUAAUGGCGAGAGUGGACAUUUCGGCGUAUCUGCCGACAGCACAACCCAAGCUCAAGUCCGGCUUAUAAUCCGGAUGCGAAUCUCAGUCUGCACAAUACCUCGGCUUAUUUUUGUUUUAUUUUUUAAACUAAUUUUUUAUUCAAAUCACAAAAAAAAACA